AGUACUUCAGUUCUUGUCAAAGCUGUUUCCUGUUUCAACAUUUUCCGCCACUUCAACCUAUAGCAACAACCUCUUUUUAUCUGUACGCAUAUCUUGAUAGGUCUGUUUCACGAGUGGUAGAGUUGGUGGGGUUUCUAUCGCUGUUAGAUUUACUCGCCUGCAUGUUUGAAUUUCUCACACACAGAAAACAUGUGUAACUUUACUGAGACUGAAACUGUAACAGAAUCGACAACGAGGAACAUGGCAUGUGCUCUGGUGUUUGGAUCUGUAAUGACCCUGGGUCUGCCUCUCAAUGCUGUGGCACUGUGGAUAUUGGUACGCCGCCACAGCCUCCAAUCCCCCAGUGCUGUCUUCAUGGUCAACCUGGCAAUCUCAGACCUGCUGCUCGUCAUCUCUUUGCCUAUGAGGGUCUACUUUUUCGCUACCGGCACCUGGGCACUGGGCCCUAUGGCCUGCAUCUGGUUCACAAUGCUCUUUCGCAACAACAUCCGCUCCAGUUCCAUCUUCAUCACCUUCAUCUGUAUGGAUCGGCUCCUGGCUGUGGUUUUCCCCCUGAGGUCACGCCAUCUCCGAACCUCCUCCAACGCCUGGAAAGCUGCCGCACUCGUUUGGCUGUGUGUGGUGGUGGUGAACAUCCCAGAGAGCAUCAACUUUUCAAAACGUUUACAAAACUUAACUGAAUCGGGCUGCAAUGCUACCUGUUUUAAAUUACCUGAUGAUUCUAGUGAUCACAGUUCACUAAUACAAUAUUUUCAGCCUGUGUUAGUGUUCACCAUGCUGACUAUCAAUGUUGUGUGCACCGCUCUGGUGUUUUGGACUCUAAGCAAACGUCUCAGUGACUCUGCAAAGGUCAACAACAAGGUGAAUGUCAUGCUGAUUUUUGUCUUGAACUUGUUGAUGUUCACCGUGUUUUUUUUUCCUUUGUCAUUGAGUGUUCUCAUUGAUUGGCAGCAGGCCAUUAUACCACUGACAUGUCUUGCUAGUGUGAACUGCUGUCUGGAUCCACUGUUGUAUUACUUUUCUUUUGAUGGUUUCUGGAAGAAAAAAGAGGAUGUGGAUAAUCAUGCAAGAGACUAUUCGAUGAUAACAAUAGACAGGAACAGGGGGCAUUAAAUACUAUUUAUCUAUUUGUGGCUUAUGUGUGGAUAUGCAACAUAAAGCUCACAAGACAGAAAA